AUGUCAGACAACGAGUCAACCACGGGUGAUCAGGACCACCAGGCUGCCUAUAUCUUUGAUCCAUACGGCGAAGAUGCAGGUGCCGUGGAGAGGCCGCCUAAGCGUCGCCGGACGACGAAGAAAUCAGCUGCGUCAAAGAGCAAGGCCAAAGGCGGCGCCGUGCGGGAUCCGGCCGUUCAGAGGUCGUACUUCAAACCACUAUUGAAUGGCUGUGAGAAGCCUGAAAUGGUGGCGGUGAGAGAACGAUCCUUCCGUGAGUCGUGGACUCAUGUCGAAGGCCGCAUCAGGCAAAUGUUGAGAGAUGCCAACAGGGCCACCCUUGAAGAUGUGGGCUCUUUUGUUGCAAGAGCUAAGAAUGACCGAAUCAGUGGUGACAAGAUACCGUGUGCCUUUGUUGUGACGGGACCCAAUCUCACAUCGCAGGAUUUGCUCUUUGAGCAGCUCGAGGAGACCCUCGUGGCUUCGGAGGGAAACAACAAAUUUGUGAGGCUGAGAUCGGCCGACGCCUCAAACAUGAAGGCUGUCCUGAGGAAGAUCAUCCAGGAUAUCACAUGCAAGGCUUCAGACGAUGACGAUGGUCAGCUAACGGUGGGGAAAUCAAGCCGGAAGUACCUAAACUACGAUCUCGCCGCCGUCCAUGCCCUUGUGACCGCCCAGGGCGGUUGCGAUCACGUCUUUAUCGCAUUCCAAGAUAGCGAAGGGUUUGACAGUUCUCUCCUUUCCGAUCUGAUCCUCGUUUUCAGCAACUGGACGCAAAUCCCCUUCACUCUCCUAUUUGGCAUCGCUACCUCGGUAGAGCUCCUUCAGAACCGUCUGCGCAAAUCCGUCUGCGAAUAUCUGCAUGGAACUGAAUUUGAUGUCACCCAGGGUACGAGCGUUCUAGAGGAGAUCAUCCUCAACGUCUCAGUAACCUCGCCCGACGUUCCGCUGCUCAUCGGCGGACCCCUGCUGGAAAGCAUGAUUGAGCGGCAGCACGACAAAGUCGCUGGAGUGCAAGAUUUUAUCAGCGCACUCAAACGUAUGACAGUAGAGCGUGGUGAUGUUGACACACAUGCCUUGAUGCAGUACGCUUAUAUGACGCACUUUUACGCGAAUCCCCUCAGCGUAUUUCUCGGGUUCGAAUCGUUUGAAGAGCAACCAAUCCAGCCUGAACAGCUGCUCGCUCUCCGUUCCACCCUCGUUCCGAGCGCGCAUCAUGAGUGCUACGGAAGCUGCAGCGAACCCGCAACAGUCUCGCGAGAGAGCAACAGAGUUUUUAGUAACGACAAGCUGCUGAUCCAAGAACUUUCCAAGAUCAAGAUUGAAAAGAUGCGUUACGGCGCCUCGGUUCUCCGGGCGGUCAAAUGCUUAGCGGCGGUGGGAUAUCGGAAUGGCAACCGGACAAGUAUAGCCCUAGAUAUCCUGAGCCGCGGGGGCCUCAGGCUUACCGAUGACCAUGAGGCCAUCGCCACAUUGCGAAAGAUGGAGCCUGAACGUAUCGUCGCCGUGAUGCGGGGAAUGCGGGAGGCUUUGAUCGAAGGCGGCGAGACGCCUCGUCCUGCAGACGAAAGGAUCUUGGAUGAGCUCGCUGACGAAAUGGCGGUUGACCAACAGAUUGGCGAAUCGCUCUCGACGUGGAUCAAGCAAGCAGAAAAGCUAGUCGCCGAGGCCAAGGCGGACGGGCACACGCUGCGCAGCAAAUGGAGCGGGCAGACCAAAAUUGUGAGAACUACGGUUGUGGCGCAAAAGGUGCAACUCAGCCAUGACUCGGCGGCCCUCACCGAAGUCGAUGAGGAGUUUACCAAAAUCGUCGAUGAGCUUGUGACGCAAGUCAAACUCAGCGGAAACACCACACCGAUCGCAACGUGCCUAUUCAACGAGAUUUGGUACUACGACUCGAGGAUUCCGCACAAAGAGGUCUUUAUUCCUCGGCUCCGCGAGGCUGGCAGCCUCAUCAACGUUGCAGAUCUCUGGACUGCAUUCUAUGGGAUCGUCGGUGCCGACUCGGGCAGCGAUACAGAUGAGAAAGCCGCUUUGGCAUUGUUUUACCAGGGUCUCGCGGAACUCAAGAGCCUCGGCUUUGUGAAGCCAAGCAAGAAGAAGACAGAUCACAUAGCGAAACUUAAGUGGCUGUGA